AUGACUGAAUUGACCCAGUCUUUCCUGCGCAGCAGCACCAGCAGCAGUGAUUCUAGCACCGACGGUCAAGAGGUUGGUUUCUUAUUCGGCGAGCCCGAAUCCCCUCGCGAUGGGAACAGCGCAAUGGCGAGUAAGGAGCCGCAGACUAGACGCGGCAUCUGUCGCAGCAGCGGCAGCAGCAACAGCAUCUGCAGCAACAACAAAUACAACAGAAUAAACCCCUUCGAUGUGGAAGCAGAACAGCUCAGUCAACGACUCUGCUCACCAUCGAUGUUUCGAUUCAGAAGCCCAGAAGCGCUAGCAUCGUCACGCUCGUUCAGGUGGUCAAUCGAGCAGAUGGCCGUCCUGUUUCCGGUUAACAUUGAUGAAGAAGAGCUAAGUUCUCUCCAGCCAGAAGAUCGCUGCGACCCGUUUGAGGAGCGCUUGCAGCAGACCAUCGACCAGUUCUUCUCAUCCCAGGAAAUCGUCCCGUCGCCAUUGGAGCCUCCAUGGAGGGUCAGGAGCCCUACUCCGGCCUUCGUUGGUGAGAACAGUGGCAUACAACCGGGACGAGAGCUCCACGCAGCCACAGUGUGGAGCCAGACGACAUUUUCAAUAUCCCAUGAAGUCGACCUCUGCACAAUAUUGGAGGACCACUACACAUUCCAUGCGGCUCAAAACGAACAAGCAGCCCGUGAAGGAAUCACUGGCUGCAGAUUCGUGACGUGCAGGCUGUUCUGCAGCGUCAUCGAAGAAGAGCCAACUAACGAGAGUCGGAGCUGCCAACCGCUAAGACUACUGACCGGCAACUCCAGGGAAGGGCUAUCUCAAUGA